AUGGAUUUCCUAGAUGAUGAGGCUGAAGCCAGCUCAGAUGUCCUUGUCCCGAGUUCUCAACCCGAUUUGAACACGCGUGCUCGUAAGCGUCGCCGCCUUAACUCCGAUCUCAGCUGCUCUUCACCCACACAAGACGACGAAUACGAUCUGCCGCCGAACGAAGAUGAGAACGGAAAAGACAUCAAAAAAUCAAAGUAUGAAGAUCGCAUACAUGUUCCUCAGUAUGGAGACCGUCCGCUGGAUACCUUCGUCACCCAAUUGACUCAACAGCACUCCAGUCCAUCCAGAAUUAGAGGGCCAAGAUGGAUGAAGCCUCGGAAGAGCCUCUCACCCUCAUCUUCCAUUCUGAAACGUCAACCUACUACCAUAGACCAUUCUUUUCAAACCGCUACGCCUAGCGAUGAGUUCGAAGUGGUCGAGGAUGACCUUGAGCUUUUGGAAGCCUUAGGUGAUUAUAGCAACCCGGCAUUAAUGCAUAGAAACACAUGCCUAGAAGUCAUACAAGGCAAGCCCGAUGGCAACUCUGCUCCUCGUCGUCCUCUGCAGAAAUCCAGCUCGUUCCGCCAGACGACACUACAUGGGAUUCAUACGACUCAGCAAGAACCUCCCACAACGCAAUCCCAACCCAAGAUACACAAUUGGCCAUUGGCAAGCCGAAGUGAGCCUCCAACCCAUCAUGAGCUAGAUCGUGAUGCCAUGGCCACGUGGGUAUACCCAACGAAUCUUGGCCGAAUUCGAGACUACCAGUAUAACAUUGUGCACAAGGGGCUUUUCCACAAUAUUUUGGUCGCGUUGCCCACGGGCUUGGGGAAGACAUUCAUCGCUGCUACUAUCAUGCUGAACUGGUUCCGAUGGACGAAAAGUGCGCAGAUUGUCUUUGUGGCGCCGACCAAACCACUUGUAUCACAACAGGUUGACGCCUGCUUCAACAUUGCCGGCAUCCCACGAUCUCAGACCACGAUGCUGACAGGAGAGGUCUCACCAGCAAUCAGAGCAGAGGAGUGGCUAGAGAAAAGGGUCUUCUUUAUGACACCUCAGACCUUGAUCAACGAUCUGAAACAUGGCUAUUGUGAUCCAAAGAAGAUCGUUCUGAUUGUGGUAGACGAAGCACACAAAGCAACUGGAAGUUACGCGUAUGUGGAGGUGGUUAAAUUCUUGAGGAGAUUUAACUCGAGCUUUCGAGUUCUUGCUCUUACAGCAACCCCCGGAAAGGAUGUGGAGAAAGUGCAAGAAGUGAUCGACGGGCUUGGAAUCGCUAGAGUCGAAAUCAGGACGGAAGAAUCUCUUGAUAUACGCGACUUCGUUCACAAGCGGAAGGUCGAAACCCAGACAUUUGACAACUCUGAUGAGAUCACCAUGGCAUUAGAGAUGCUGUCGGCAACACUACAGCCCCUCCUGAAUAAGUUGCACUCCCAGGGUGCUUCUUGGGGAAAAGAUCCACGAAUGAUUACCCUGUUUGGGUUGAAGAAAGCCUGGGAAAGAUGGCUGUCAUCCGAAGCUGGCAGAAGAGCGCAGCAUUCUGUGAAAGGCAUGGUGAAGGCGAUAUCUACUACAUUAAUGAGUCUGGCUCAUAACAUUGAGCUUCUGAAAUAUCAUGGCAUCGGGCCUUUCUACCACAAGAUGAAAAUAUUCGCGGAUGAAGCCUUAGGUGGCGGCAAAUACGCGAAACAAAUCGCAGAUGACGAGAACUUCAAGAAAUUGAUGACGAGGUUGAGAAUAUGGGUCAACAACCCAGAUUUUAUUGGACAUCCGAAACUAUCUUACCUGAAGACUGUCGUUCUCAACCAUUUCAUGGACGCUGGUGAGAGGACUAGUGAUGACCGCAGCACGGGCUCUUCAAGUACAAGAAUCAUGGUCUUCACACACUAUCGAGACAGUGCGGAGGAAAUUGUGAGAGUCCUCAAUCGCCAUGGCCCUAUGAUCCGUGCGCAUGUCUUCGUUGGGCAGUCAGGCACGAAGGGUGGGUCGGAAGGGAUGGAUCAAAAGACUCAGCUGAGCGUUAUCAAGCAAUUCAAGGCGGGAAAAUACAAUACAAUCGUCGCGACAUCAAUUGGAGAAGAAGGUCUAGAUAUCGGUGAAGUCGAUUUGAUCGUCUGCUAUGAUUGCUCGAAAUCGCCUAUUAGGAUGCUUCAACGCAUGGGCCGGACCGGGCGGAAACGGGCUGGAAGCAUCGUCUUGCUCAUGAUGCGUGGCAAGGAAGAAUCAGACUUCGCCCAGUCAGAGGACAAUUAUCAAAAGAUGCAAGAAAAAAUUGCCAGCGGCAAGGAGUUCAAUUUCCAUGAAGAGCUGUCGCUGAGAAUUAUCCCGAGAGACAUCGUUCCCGCGGCCGACAAACGCCUAGUAGAUAUUCCAAUCGAGAACACGCAGCCUGGCUCGGUCGAGCCUAGCCGACGAAAACCGAAGAAUGCCAAAAAGCCACCAAAGAAGUUCCACAUGCCAGACGGGGUGGAGACGGGCUUCAUGUUCUUGGGCAACGGGAACAAGACGACGAAGGCCAGAACAAAAGAGACGGCACCAAAACAAUCGGAGCCAAGAAAAGACCGCGAGGUAGCUGCACUACCUCCGUUGAAGGACGCUUUGCUGUCCGAGACCGAGGAGCGAGAACUUGAAGACCGCUACGUUCGACUCGUGGGGGCCGAAGACGAGUAUAUUCAGUUCGUACGAUUUGAUGCUUACCCAGAACAACAGCGACGGCUCGGAAAGACAGAUGCUGUUAAGCAUUCAAGAGCGACCAAGACGUUGGUGAAAGCGUUCGAAGCGAUGCGGAAUCCAAGACAAGGGUGGUGCCGUCCGUCGGACUAUGACGCGUUAUCAGAGGGGGAUGAAGCCUUGCCUAAGGCGUCGGAAGUGGAAGAACUGACACGUGCGAGUCAGAUGUCCAAAAGGAAGCCAAAGCCUCGGACACUUUGCCACACAGAUGUUUCGAGCGACACUAUUGGUCGUUACGAUGACAAAGACAGUUUCAUCGAUGAUGGAGAAGCAGAUCUCAGUGCGGCUCGGUGGGCGGGGUCCAGACGAAAAGAUAAGGCAGUGUUCGCUGAUAAUGAUGACAACGACGACGACGACGACGAUUUGUUUUCCCCUCUACGAAAGAUGCCGAGUCCAUCACCUACUAACAAGGAUGUAGAAAUGCGGGUCACGAAACGGUUCUACAUCUCGCCACAAAGCAUAGAUUACGAUGCCAUGGACGACGACCUACCAGAUCUAGAAGACCUGGUUUCUACCAAGAAGACAAGCAAGCUCAGCCCACAGAAGGCGAAGGUCCAGAGUGCUACGACACGGAUCUCGCCGUUAGCGAAACAGAGACUCACAAGUCCUGCACGCAGGAAAAGGACGAGGAGGGUGAUCGAUAGUGAUGAAGACGAUGACGAAUGA